UAUACUAAGCAUGUGAAGUUAGUCCCUGUCACUACGUAAAUUUUGGGGUCAAAUGUGCAUACUUUGCAGUUAUUACAGAUUGAGAAAGUUUUAAAUAAUAAGCGAAAAUGUCUAAGGCAAUGAAAAGGGGGGGUAUGAUGAGAAAGGCGUUACCAAAGGUGGAGCAUAAGACACCUCUGCGAACAAACAUUCCAGCGGGGAUGGCGAGUGCUAAACCACCGCUGGGCUCUCAACUCGGACAGAGGAACAUUAACGUACCGAAUUUUUGCAAAGAUUUUAAUACAAGAACGCAGGAUUACAAAGAAGGCAUACCUUUACCAUGCCGCGUUAAAGUGAAAGGAGAUGGAACUUACGAUCUAGUCAUUCACAAACCUCCAGCAACUUAUUUCUUGAAACAAGCAGCUGGGAUUGAAAAAGGAAGGAUGAGAAAAGGGGACGUAGCAGGAAAAAUAACGUUCAAACACUUAUAUGAGAUUGCUUGUAUUAAAGCAGAAGACCCACCCUUAGCAUUACUGAAUUUACAGCAAAUUUGUCAAAUGCUCGUCGGCAUAGCGAGAACAUGUGGUAUAGAAAUUGUCCGUACUUUAGAUCCUGAGGAACAUGCUGAAUUCAUGAAACAGAGGGAAGAGGCAGUUCAGAACUUUUUGGAUGAAUUGCAAGCAGCCAAGGAAACUAAAGUACUUAGGGCAGUUUAAACUUCUGUAUCAGUUUCUUGUACAUAUGAAAUAAAAAGAAUAGAAUGUAAUUGUAAAACG